UGGCACUGUACAUGGCUUUAUAAAUUUUCACUAUUUUAUGUGCACAAAUUUCACUCUCGGCGUUAAAUUCUAAGAUUUUAUAUGGAAUAGAACAUCGAUUAGAAUAUAUAGAAUUGUUCUAGAACCUCACCAAAUCUUUUGUUAAAACCUCAAAUAUGAAGGGUUUCUUAAGAAGUCCAGAUGGUACUCUUUACCAGCUGGCCCCGGCCCCUAAGAUGACCACAAUUGGUCGAGAGGGGUGUGACCUUAUUGUACAGUCCGUCAGUGUAGAGAUCCAGCACGCUGUCAUCGAACAAAGCGAACAGGAAGGAUGUUUUGUUCUCCAAGAUCUCAACUCGGCCCAAGGAACGUACGUGAACGACUGUCGUGUCCAGAAUGCGGCUGUGCGGCUUGCACCCGGAGAUAUCAUCCGCUUUGGGUACAACGGCCAGCCGUAUGAACUCCAAAUCGAUAUCCCACAGAUGGUGUCAUGUCCACCCAUAUCUCAGUCGAGACCAAGCUGGACUCAACCAAUCACAGUCAUCCCAGACAGAGUUGCCGAUUACCAGCAGUCGGCGGGAAUCUCGCAGUCAUCGUAUCGUGGGCAGAAUGCAUCGUCAGCUUGGGUUCCCGUCUCUCAACCUCCUAUGCCACAUCCCCCGCCGUCUAUGAGGUCGCGGCCCCUUAGUGCGGGAUCUGCUGGUGUGCGACGACCUGGGCCAGCAACACCCACUGGAGUUGCUCCAAGAAGUGUGACAGGUGCAUGGGUCAACACAGGAACUACACGUAGCCACAGCCAAGGGAACUCACCCACCACAGAAAUCAUCCUAUUACAAGAAAAGGAGCAGAAGAUUUUACAACUUAACCAAGAAAUCAACCGUUUGGCCUCGUACGAAAAUGAAGCUUCGCGUAAGGAUGAAAUGAUCACGCAACUCAAAGAAGAACUUAACCGAACGCGUCGGUUGGUAGAGACGUCAACAGAUGGCGCCCUUGCGAGUCGCGUGAACCAAUUACAGGGGGAGAUUGAUGCAAAGACAGCCGAAUUAAAAAAGCAGGCGCAUAUAAUCAGUGAAUCGACUGACAAUCCGGCGUCUCUGCGUAUUGCUCUGAAUGAGCAUGUCCAGGCCAACACAGACAUCCGUAGCGAGUUGGAGAAGACGAGAAAAGAUAAGAGCAUCACAUCUGGUCUCGUCACACAGAUGCAGCGCGAUAUGUCAAAUAAAGAUGCGACCAUCAGUAGACUGACAAGAGAGAUAGAAAAUUUAAAGAAAGAAUUAAAGGAAAAAGAUGUGCAGUUGGCUGCAGUGAAUGCUAAGUUCACGAGGUUAAAAGACAACAAGAAAGCAGACGAGGAGCGCGAUGCUAAUGUGAAAGAACUUGUUGCACUCAGAUCUAAAUUUAUGUCUGCUGAGAAUAAACUUCAGGAAGCGUCAGAAAAUGUUAAAGCUUUGAAAGAAGAAUUGGAGAAGAUGAAGAAUGAUCAGGACGCAGAAGCACAGAAUUAUAAGAAACUCCAAGCAGAGCUGGACAACUCCAAGUCGCAGCUCACAAACCUCCAGAGAACUGAGAGGACAGUCAGGGUUGAUAUGGAGCAGACCUCGCGAAGGUUGGAGCGUUUCCGAAAUCGCAUUAUUCAGGUGACGUUUUCGACACCUGGCGUGAAGGCACCCGAUGACGAGGUCAGCGAUGACGAACUCGUCACGAUGCUUAAGAAAGUCAUCGACGAGAGGACGGAGUUGCACCGUCACAACCUGGACAUGAAGGAUGCCGUCAAACUUACCAAUGCCAGUAAGAAGGAGAUAACGGACAAACUGAACAAAAUAAAACAUAGCCUUUUGGAAUCACAGAAACGAUUGAAGAGCAAUGGGCGCCUUUCGAGUCACUUGAAACAGGAGAUUUCUCUCCUCCAAUCAGUGCAGACAGAGGAGAAUGUUGCGUUCAUUCGAGAUGUUGCCGUGACGAUGCUCCAACAUGAACUUGAAUGGCAGCAGGAGACGGAGGACGCUUUAGAAAAAUGUGGCAUUAAUGUCAAACUUUCGUCAGAGAAUCCCGCUAAACACAUCAUCAACUUGUUCACCAAGUUAGACGCAUCCUCUGGCUCCAUGGACAAGUUACAGAAGGAAUUGGCGUCAUUGAAGGUGGAUCACCAACAGGAGUUGGAGGCACAUACAGCGAGACUCCGUCAAGAGAUGGAGGACCGCAUCAAGGACGCUAUAGAAAAAACCAAGCUAGAGGGGGAAGAGAAGUUAAACCAAGCCAUCGAUGAUAUUCGAUCGGUCGAAGAUGAAAAGAGAGAAGGUGUUGUCGCCGCCGAGAAAUCACGCAUCGCUGAAUUAGAGGCUAGUCUUGAGCAACUCCAAGCGAGCAUUACAGAAAGACAAGAGGACGACUCAUCAAACCGCGAAACAACAAUGGAGGCAAUCAGACAGGUUGAAGAGUACAAACAUUUGGAGGUGGAACUCCGUGAAAAGAUCGCCGAGUUAGAAACCGCCAAGGCCAAGGCUGCGGAGGAGUUUGCCUCCGAGAAGGGCGCUUUGGAGUGCAAAGCAGACGAGGACAUGGGGAGUUUCAAGGAACAGAUUCGUCAGCAUUCAGUAACCAUCUGCGCCAUGGAGGAGCGACUCAACAAGGUGAUGAAGAAGAAUAAGGACUACCAGGCGGAGAUUUCAGAAUUGAAGCAGAAAAUAGCAGAGAAGCCAGUGUCACCUCCGCCUAAAAAGAAGCCCGAACUCGCGCCAAAGCCAAAGGUGAUUUUGCAGAAGAACACUGAAGAACUUGCGGCGAUGGAGCAAGUCAUUCAAGUGUUGAGGAGGGAGAAUAUCGACUUGAAGAAGCAGCUUCAAGAUCAGGCAGACGUUAUUGUCGGACUACGACGGGAUCUCGCUGGGGCGUCUGCUCGGCUCAGUGAUAUGAGAGGUGAACUCACUGAAGCCCAGAAGGAAGAAAUCGAGAACAACCGAUCAAAGGUUGGUCAUCUUCAGGGCGAGAUGUUGGAACUCCGUCAGCAAUUAGCCAAACUGUCUCAAAUUGUCGACAAACAGUCAGAGGAAUUAAAGGGAAAAGAUUCAGAAAUCGGCAAAUUUAAGGCCGCGCUGAAUAAAUUCAAGAAUGUAGCAAAUGAGAAGGAGAACAAGAUCAAGGAUCUCGAAGGACGUCUCGUCAUGUCUGAGGAGGACUCAAAGAAACAGUGCGAUCUUCUUGAUAAGGAGGGUCGUAUCACGUCCGAACUGACUGCAAUUGGUGCCCAAUGUCGUGGAGAGAGACACGAACAGGUGAUCGGGAGACAGAGGGAAGCUCUCGCCGAGCUGCGUGGACGCAUCAAGGCUUUGGAACAGUCAAGGCCUCCAAUUCCAAACAAGGAUCAGGCCUUGCAGCAGGUUGUGAUGCUCAAGAAAGAGCUUGCUGAACUCCGAGCACAGCAAGCCCUCGCCGACAGCCACAAUGGCGACCUUGGCGGUAGCUCUUCCCUGGAGAAGGAGGUGAACCGAGCACGAGGCAUUGUCACCAUCCAAUCUGCCGAGGCAGAUGUGGAGAAAAGCGCACAUCGGGAGACGUUGGACACAUUGGAGGAGAGUGAAAGAUCAUAUCUCACUUUACUUCGCGCUAUUGCCAGCUGUCUGGAGCUUGAAGAGUGCCGGGGACUGCGUUCAAUGGCGCACAUUCCAAAAGAUGAGCGUGACAGACUCGGGUCCGAGAGAGAACAGAUGUGCGAGCUGAUGUCGAGUCGCAUCAAGACGUUGAAGGAGAGGUUAUCGAGGAAGGAAGAACUUUUGCAGGGCUAUGAACAGGGCCUUUCAAAGCUUCGCCAGGCUGAGGAACUCACAGUCAAGAGGCAACAGCAGGUCGAAACUCUUGUGUCUGACGUGCGAGGGAAAGCUGAGGAGACUCAGUACCUGCGUGAGUCACUCGCUAGGACACGGAACCAACUUGACCAGGAGAAAAGACUCAACAAUGCAAUUAAACAGAAAAAGACAUUCCACUUAGAACAAAAUGAGAAAAAACAAUAUCCCAAACACGCUUGUCCCCCGGAAGACAUUUUUGGAAAGAACUCGGCGAGGAGACGUGCCGAGAAAGAAAAGAUGAAACGUAAAAAUUACGAGAUCAAGACGCUAAAAAAUCAACUUGGAGGUCGCGAACAGGAGCUUUGUAAACAAACAGCUCGUUUGGUGAAUCUUGAAACAAGUUUGGGUAUACCACUAGAUGAUGAGGAAGUCAUGGCAUAGAUAUCCCUAGCCGUCCAUCGAAAUUCAUCUAAAUACCAGAAAUACUCAAAGACAAAGAACAACGAAGUUCCACAUCUGGAGCCAUUGUGCUAUGGACCGUUCAACAAAAGAUUGGAUGGAAAAUAUGGUCAUUCAUGAUGGAGUCUUGUCAUCUAUGGUUCUUUAGAGAUUAACCUGUGGGACACCUGAAAACACUUUCUAAGAAAGUGUUUGGUGAUUGAGUGAAUACCUUUGAGUAAACCUAGCGUACUUGCAUAAAAAGUCAAUGGUGGGAGAUGCACCGAGGGAGAAGGUACAGUCUGUUUCCAGCAUGCCUGUACUUAGGAUAAAGUUAAUGGGAUUAAGGUUGCCACAACUGACAUGUAAGUCCAGUGAAACUUUAGUGCAAGUAUGCUAGGUGAAAAAAACUGAAUACAUUUGUGGAUCUCUUGAAAAAUGACGAAUCUAAGAAGGAAGUUGUGAUAUGAUACAGUGUGCACGGAAGUCGGACUUUCAUCAUUGUCAUCUUAGAAGCCAAAAAUAUUUUGUUACGGAAGAAAACGAAUUAAGUUGGCACACAGUCACUUGUUUUAUGGCUUUCAUUUAUUUAUUGAUCUGAAUACUGAAAUAGGUCUUUUAUGUCUUAUGAAAUUUCUCCUGAAAUUGUGAUAUUUAUGACAACACUUAUUUAAGAUUCUAAACUUGAUUGUUAUAGAUGGUGUCUAAAUUUGUUGUUUUAGAAUUAGGAAAAUUUCUUCAGCCUGUUUCUAACUUGCAUAAUGUUCUGUUUCUUCUCUGAAAAGCUGAAUAUUUUUUCAAAACUGGUCAAUAUUCAUAGAUCUAUAGGUUAUGAAGAACGGGGGAUGGAUAUGCUGGUAUUGAUUGAUAGAGUUGAGUGUAGGACAGAGCCUUGGGACCAGUAGUAGUGGACCAGAGAGAGAGGGUUAUGAAUCAAGAAUGUUCAAGUUCUUGUAUUUUUGAUCUAGAGUAACCAGAGGAAGAGGUAUGACAGAGUGUAAAAUGUUCCCCAUCAUUAUAUAACUCAUGGCAUUGACUGUCUGUUGAGGUCUUUCUUACAAUAAGGCCUUUGAUGAUGACUAAUUCUUGCCUGCCAAAUAGUUAUAGUUCACUGCAUAGACUAGUCACUACAAAGGAGUAGGAUGAUAAAUGUUUUGCCUAUGGGUUCUUACACUCCCUCACAAUUCUAAUUAAUCUUUACUCUUCCGGAGUCUUAUAAAAUGUCACAGAUAUCUCACCAUAUUUUAGCUUUCACUCACAUAUUCAAUAUGUUUCCCUGUCAUUGAGCUUAUAUGUUAUAUGGCUGUAUAUAGUUUAUUUAUAUUUUUUAUCAUGAUUUAUUGAGUUAAUGUCAUGCUACUGUUAAAAAUUAACUGUAACAGUCUUCGUGUUGGCAUAGUCAAAAUAUCACCACUAUUUUCAGUUUACAUCACCUGAGUCUAAAUUGGGCGUUUGGAGCCAAAAUCUGUUUUAACCAGCCCAGUCAUGGUAAGCCAUAUGUAUGUACCGCAGUACUUUAUUUGAACAUUCCAAAAUGGGAAAUACUCUUUCACCGAAACUAUGACAUCUCCAGACUCACUAUAGGUAGCUUACAUUCCCUACAAACUUUCAUGGUCAUAUCAGACUUUCUUAAAAACGAAUUCUGUCCUCGUAGAUUAUCGGUAGCAUGACGUUUGCCAAGUCAAUCAACAAUCCAUCCCAUUAUGUCUUAAUUGUCUCCGUCCUAUUAAUUGGUCUGUAUAGUUUGAUUUCUAUUUAGUACAUUCUUCAUUUCACUGUAAAUAAACUGUAAGCCUUUUUAUCGAAUGGUUUUUGAUAUACUGUAUAUUGUGCUGGAAACACUGAUAAUAGACUGUAGACUAUAAAAAGUUGUCCUCUGUCUUAUUUUUGUCCAACUU